AUGGACAUGCUGGUGCAGUUUGAGCAGGAGCAGAGUCUCGCCCCGAUGGACACCACCCCCAUUCCGCCCCCUCUCCCCGUCGAUUUCAUUCCGACAAAUCUGGCAGCUCCACUUCUGCAACAGCAGCAGCAAAUCGACUUUCUCUCCCUCGAUGCACCAGAGUCUGACCUCUCGCUCGACCCGCCCGCGCCUCCAAUUCAUCUCCCCAUGCCUGACAUGCCCAUGUCUGUCUUUCUCAAUACACCAUUAGACCCCAUGGACACCCCAGCACAGCUCCACACAGCUCCUUCGAGCUUUAUGUCUGACCCCAGAACAGUCGCUGACCCGUUUGCACUCUUGCCGCAGACCGACAACUCGCCAGACGCACGCAACUUGUCAGUGUCGCCACCCCAAUCACAGGUGCCAUCCCCGCCUAUCCACGGGGCUCCGUCUUCGUACGCAGUUGCUGCACCGUCCUCGCUCGACCCUGCCGUUUCCGGGCGGCGUAGUCGGGCAAAUACCUCGUUAUCACCUCCAUCCCUUCCUUCAAAUUUCCCUUCGUUAUCACCCCCGAGCUUACAGAAUGCGGCCGACUAUCCUUCCUCUUCCAGCACAGGUAACCUGGAAGAAUCCGUAUCCCAGCAGCAACCUCAAACCGUUAUCGGGCAGAUGCUCAAAGACAUCGCAAAAACAGCGAUCGACGCAGGAGACGCGUUUGAAAAUUGUCAUGGAGUUCAGCAGACAACCAAAGUCGGUGAACUCAGGGACCGUAUUCAACAAGUGCUUUUCAUGCUGCAGCAUAUGUCCUUCGCUGAUCCUUCAGGUGCCCCUUCAGCGGUACCACCUACCCUUCAAGGGCUCGACCUCCUUCACCUUCACCUCCCUUCUCUCAACCCGCCCCCGAUAGAUCCGCCUCUGGGUGACCAUUCACACCUUGCGGUGUCAGAUCAAUCACGGAAACGGUGUGCAUCAGACCUGGAGGAACAUCGGACGGUCAAAGCGCUGAAGCGCGAACCCCAAGAAGAUGCACCGCUCUCUCUGUCUAUCAGUGAGGGGCCUUUGAUCUCAGCGGGAGCAUCCGCGUUCGCUGCUGCGGUCCCCCCGGCCCCUGUGAGUUUUCCUUUGAUGCAGAGCUCUUACGGCUCCCAGUCUCGCCCUCCUUCGCGACCUCCGAGUCCCCCCGCGACAUUCUCAGCGCGCAAUUCAUUCAGCUCGAUGAAGCCUCCAACUUCAGCAUCGACCACAUUUUCAUUCCCGUCCGGGAUAGUGCCCACUUCCGCCCCGCAUCUUCCAGGGACCCUCCCCCUUACUGGGACUCCUAUACAAGCCGGAUUCCCUCCUUUGCCUCACUCUUCCUGGUCGGAUCCUGUGGUUCCUUCGUCUUCAAGACACCAUCACUCCUUAUCGGCUGGCUCAAUUACAGCGCCUAUAGUGGGAACUUCGGCUGCCGCUGCCGCCGUUCCUCCAGCGGCCCUUCCAAACGCCUUACCGCAGCCUCUCACAGUCCCUUCAAAUGCCGUGGCAUCGUCAAUCAGCCCUCCUAUUGGAAGAAUGUCGCGAUCCGGUUCUAUCAGUGGCACCAAUUUCAAGAAUCCUUACGCGUCUUUGGCAUAUCCUGAUUCCACAGGCGUGUGGCAUACCACAAAAGCAGCUGCUACGCCGACCCGUGCUGCCGGACAAUCCAACUGGUAUUUCGGCUCGGAUUCAUCGCACUCGUCCAAGAAACGGUCGUCGGCGAUACAAGGAGGAUCCGCGCCUCCCACAGCACACAAUUCGCCGAGCGAUGAUGAGGAUGACGACGAGGAAUCUGAUUCCGAUGAGAGUGUGGUAGGUAAAACAAUCACACAUCAGUCUUCUGGAGAUCGACCGUCGACGUCAUCAUCUGCAGCAGCAGAGAUGCCUCCGGAAUACCGUGCUGACGUGGACAGGAUAUUUUUCAUGUUCUUGAACAAACUCUGUUCCAACCUGGACGCAACGGAUGCCAAAGGAGAGCAAAUCCAUCAAACUCUCAUGGCGAAGAAGAUGCAGAGGUUGGAUGAGUCGCCGGACUUCCGACCCUUCAAAUUCCGAAUCCUUGCGUUCACGAACGCCUUCAUGGAAGAGCUCGGGAAGCAAGGAUAUCCUGAGGACAAGAUUCCGAUGAAAAAGGUUCGCAACUAUCUCUGGAGGCAACAGUACAUUCUCCGCUUCAACGAGGACGGGAAGAAGGCCAAGUCCAAAGGCAAUCAUAUCUGGAAUAUUGAAGCCAAGAAAUCCGGGGAUGGCCAAUGGGAUUUCCGACCAUUCCAUCGAAAGCUCGCGGGAACGCCUCCUGGUGUUGCUUACUGUGGUUUACGUUGGUCUUGGAAGCCUCACGUUUGGGACCCCCAACUGUCUUUCAAGAAGGUCCACGUUACGUAUAGCUCGCCAAGCCUUCCGCCCUGGCUUUUGUGGCGUAAUGGCGAGCUGUCUGGUAUUCCUCCUCCAGAUGCAGAAUCUUGCCAGAUCACUGUCGUUGCAAAAUUCAACGUUGAUAAUCAAGAUAGCCAACUCACUCACACUUUCGCCCUCUCAAUAGCGCCCGUAGCCGCACUUGACGCGGCUGGCUUCUCCCGUUCUCGACGCCCAUCCCUGGUCGGAGAACCUCCUAAACGCAGCACGAGUGAUUCUGCCCUUUUCCAGAUUCCCCAAAGGAAUUCACGUAACCCACGUGUAGACGACACACGCGUUAUACGAGUGUUGCAAAGCGUCGCGCAACGUGUUACGGAUGAGGCAGAGUCCCAAUUCGUUUCGGCCUCUCCUCCCAAGCAAGGCGAACUUCAAGACCUUGUCAAACAAAAGCAUGUCCUUGAACAGACUGUCGAUGCCUAUGAUAAGGCGAUCUCUGGCCAAGGGCAUUUGCAAUCUCGACGACUUGCUGUUGCUGCGCAGCAUGUAGUUCUUCAGGCAGCGAAGACCGUUAUCGCCGAUCGGACUAUCGCCACAGGGGGCAUACCCACACCGCAAGUCGAGACGGUCGCCAUUCAGAGCGUGUCGGUCAGUGAACUGACUGACAAGACUCAAGACGCGAUCGCCAUGGCCGUCAAGAUGAACGGUACCGCCUCCAACGAGGUCGACAUCAUUGUUACAGCGACUUCUAUCCUCAAAUCUCAAACUCCCAUGCUCGACAACAGCCCACCUGUUGUCGCGCCUCCGCCGGUUGUCCCGCGGGUCGCUGCAUUUCCUACAUCCAAUCUCACCACGCUGCCUGAAUAUUAA